AUGCCCUACAUCAUAUGUGAGUCACAGUCAGGGUUCAUCCUUGGCAGGAGGAUCUUUGAUAACAUUAUAUUGGCUCAUGAACUGGUCAAAGCUUACACUAGAAAACAUAUCUCAGCCAAGUGUAUGAUUAAGAUUGACAUGCAGAAGGCCUAUGACUCUAUGGAAUGGGUUUAUAUGGAGCAAAUAUUGGAGAUGCUAGGGUUUCCUACAAGAUUUAGGGGUUGGUUGAUGCAAUGUGUGACAACUGUUAACUACACUAAUUUAGUUAAUGGUACUCCUACUACACCAUUUGAUGCUGCUAAGGGACUGAGGCAAGGAGAUCCCAUCUCCCCCUUUUUAUUUGCUAUUGUUAUGGAAUACCUUAGUAGGAACCUCAACACCCUGAAAUUUGAUAAGGCCUUUAAGUUCCACCCUAAAUGUGCAAGACUAGGUAUUACACACCUUAGCUUUACUGAUGAUCUCUUAUUAUUCUCAAGAGGUGACUUGAACUCUAGUGCUGCUUUGCACAAGGCUUUUAUUACAUUCUCUCAAGCAUCAGAUCUUCAGGCUAACCUGAACAAAAGCUCAGUCUACUUUGGUGGAGUGACAACAAUAGUCCAGGAUGACAUCUUACAGCAUUUGGGAUACACUACUGGGAUCACCAAGAGAGUGACUUCUUGGAUUGCUAAGAAACUAUCUUAUGCAAGGAGGGUACAUUUAGUUCAGAGUGUACUGUUUGGUAUUCAAGCCUAUUGGGCCCAACUAUUUAUAUUACCUGUCAAAGUGGUCAAAGCUUUAGAGGCAUAUUGUAGAAGCUAUGUGUGGUCGGGUAUUAAUACAAUCACUAAGAAAGCCUUGGUCUCCUGGGAGAAAGUUUGCACACCCAAAGCAUCUGGAGGACCGAAUCUCACAAACUUACAGAUGUGGAAUCAUGCUGCUAUCAUCAAGUUAUGUUGGGACCUGGCUAGCAAACAAGACAGACUUUGGAUAAAAUGGAUUCAUGCAUAUUAUGUUAAAAAUCAGGAGUUUGCAACUAUGGUUAUCCCUGGUCAUGCUAGUUGGAUGGUGAUCUGGAAAGGGCUCAUUAAAUGGGCAUUGGAUGAGGAACCACUGUGUAUCCUGUGCCAGCAGCGUCAUGAGGAUAGAAAUCACUUGUUUGUUGGUUGCACCUUUGCUAUCCAGUUAUGGAGCAGAUUGUUUAGCUGGAUUCAGAGACAGUUCUCACCUGCACAAACAUGGGAGAAUCAUCUAACUUGGGCAAUCAAAGACUCUUUUGAGAAGAGAAGUAGAGAUGUUCCAAGUAUUGCACGUGAGAUUGCCUAUAUCUGUAAUGUUAGAGCUCGUGCUGGACUAUCCUCUACUAUUCAGAGUUAUCAGUUUUGA